AUGAUCCUCCCUCGCCGGUCACCACGCCUCGUCAUUGCCAUCUUCGCCGUAUUCGUGCUGCUGCUUCUCAUCUACAACCCGUACUGGCUGGCCGUGUCGCCAAGCGCGCCGAGAGCACCGCAGAAGAACAUCCAGUUCAAACCGAGCUCAUUCAACUGGACGACCGCCCGCCAAUUUCAUCCCGUGUCGGACCCUUUCACGCCUCUCCCGACAGGCAAGCCGCUCAAGCUCCCCCGCAUCCAGCACGAUUACGGCGUCACGAACCCGCACCCCGAGGCGCCUAAGCGUCAGAAAGUCGUCCGAGACGUCUUCAAGAAGAGCUACGACAGCUAUAAGCGUUAUGCAUGGAUGCGGGACGAGCUGACCCCCGUGAGCGCGGGGGGGAAAGAUACCUUUGGAGGAUGGGCAGCAUCUUUGGUUGACUCGUUGGACACGCUCUGGAUCAUGGGAUUCCACACAGAGUUCUACGCCGCGGCCGAGGUGGCCGCCCAGAUGGACUGGGCCAAGACCUCUGAGAAGAGUGCCAACAUGUUUGAGACCACGAUCAGACAUUUGGGCGGUCUUCUUAGUGCAUAUGACCUCAGCGGCGAGGUCGCCCUUCUGGAGAAGGCAAAAGAGCUUGGAGAUAUGUUGUAUAUGGGAUUUGAUACGCCCAACCGCAUCCCAGGCUUCUGGCUCAAUUUCGAUGACGCCAAGAAUGGGGUUCAGUAUGCCGGGACUCACGACCCUUCGGCCUCUCCCUCUUCCCUUUCUCUUGAAUUCACCCAUCUCGCGCAACUGACCGGCGACAUGAAGUACUACGAUGCCGUCAACCGUAUCAGUCGGUUUCUUGAACGCACGCAAUUUCAGUCCAAGCUCCCAGGAAUGUGGCCGAAGAUGAUUGACUUUCGCGGUGAGCGGGUUGAUACCGAUAACGGCUUCACUCUAGGAGCCCUCGCGGACUCCCUGUACGAAUACUUACCGAAGAUGUACGCUCUUCUCGGCGGUCUGGAUAAGUCCUACGAGAAGAUGUACGUCGGUGCGAUGGCCAUCGUGGAGCAACACAUUCUUUUCCGGCCAAUGUUGCCCGAGAACGACAACGCAAACAUCCUAUUUGCGGGCGACGUCUACGUCCACCAGGAUAAGAUUGACCACGUCGCGGAAGGGCAGCAUUUGUCAUGUUUCGCCGGUGGAAUGCUGGGCUUGGGUGGGAAACUCUUCUCGAUCGACGAACAUGUGGACCUCGGCGACCGGGUUGCUCGCGGCUGCGCGUGGGCUUACGAUGCGAUGCCGGCGGGCGUGAUGCCGGAGAUCUUCGAUCUUAUUGGGUGCUUCUCGGUGAAAGACAAGUGCCCAUGGGAAGAGAGAAAGUGGGAGCAAGAGGGCGACAAAAAGCUGAAGAAAGGCUUCAAGAACGCCCGCGACCCCAAGUACAUCCUCCGCCCCGAGGCUAUCGAGAGCGUGUUCCUACUAUACCGAAUGACUGGGAAGCAAGAUCUGCAAGAUAUUGCAUGGCGGAUGUUCCAGUCGAUCUUGAAGGCGACUGAGACUGAGUUCGCCAACUCGGCGAUCGCUGACGUGACGGUACCUCCCGAUCAGACCCAGAAGAUAGACUCUAUGGAGAGUUUCUGGUUCUCUGAAACGUUGAAGUACUUUUAUCUCAUAUUUUCGCCUCCUGAGCUCAUCAGUUUGGAUGAUUUUGUCUUCAACACUGAGGCUCACCCCUUUAGACUACCAAAGUGA